AUGGACAGCACAACAGGAUUCGCCCUGACCCCUGUCAAUCACAACCACACCAACAGCAGCUGUUCCCGUGAUAACGUGCUGAAGACUGUGGUGUUUCCCGUUCUCUACUCCCUCCUCUUCCUGUUGGGCCUGUCCCUCAACGGCCUGGCAGUGUGGGUGUUCUUCAGCAUCCCGAGCCGCUCCCACUUCAUCAUCUACCUCAAGAACAUUGUGGUGGCCGACGUCCUCAUGACCCUCACCUUCCCCUUCAAGGUGCUGUCUGACUCCAACAUGGCGUCUGUGGGUCUGCGUGUCUUCGUCUGUCGUGUCUCCUCUGUGCUCUUCUAUCUCACCAUGUACAUCAGCAUCCUCUUCUUCGGCCUCAUCAGCAUCGACCGCUGCAGGAAGACCCUCCAGCCCUUCAAGGGGACCAACGCGGCCCGUCUGUCCCACAGGAAACUGCUCUCCUUGGUUAUCUGGUGCUCCCUGCUGGCCCUCUCCCUGCCCAACAUGGUCCUGACCAGCCGCAGCCCCACCUCGGUCUACUUCAAGUGCAGUGAUCUGAAGACGGCGGCUGGGCUGCAUUGGCAUGAGGUGGUCAACCAUGUGUGCCAGGUCAUCUUCUGGGGCAACCUGGUGACGGUGAUAGUGUGUUAUGCUCUCAUCACCAAAGAGCUGUACAGUUCCUACGCCCGUGCCAACGCUUUCCGUGCUGGUGGAGCCAGCAGAGCUGGUAACGGGCAGCGCCAGCCCCGGAGAAAGACUGUGAGUUCAAACGUCUUCCUGGUGCUGGCUGUGUUCUUUGUGUGCUUCGUGCCGUUCCACUUCUCCCGCGUGCCGUACACCAUGAGCCAGACCCGGGGACGCAUGUUUGACUGCAACCUCAAGCUGUUCUUCUUCCAGUUAAAGGAGAGUACACUCUGGCUGUCCUCCCUCAACUCCCUCCUGGACCCUCUCAUCUACUUCUUCCUCUGUAAGUCCUUCAGGACCACCCUGUUCAAGACGCUCCGUCUCCCACCUGGGACCUGUAGCUGGCUCACUGGGAUAGGGCCGGACCCCAACACGGGCAGUACCCCUCUGGGAGACUCCUCUGCUUGUCUGUAG